AUGAGCGAACCACAGAAUAGCCACAGCGUCAAUGAAACGUCUCCUCUCCUGCGCAAUCAGGACAGAGAAGAGGGCCAGAACGGCGGCCCAGCACCCGUAAAGGAUGCGUGGCAGAGGGUGUUCAUUCUUGCUACUAUCACUUCGGUGGUGUCCGGCGUCCUAACCAUCGUCUUUCUCCUCGCAAGUAGCAUUGUCCUGACGGGUCAGCCCGACGAUUACCACGCGCCGUUUGACCUCUAUUACUAUUUCGCUCCUAUCGCGGGAUUUGCCAUCGUGGCCAUCAUACACUCCAUUAUCACCCUAGCUGGCACCAAAGACGGUGUCCCACCUCCGCAAGGCUUCACAGGGAUACUCGUCGACAUAUUUGCCGGCCUAUUCUUCUUGUUCCAUAGCCUCUAUGGUAUGCAAGAGCUCCUCUACCACGCCAACCGAUGCCGCCCUCCUUGGGACGAGAAACGCCCCGCCGACCCGGAGUGUGAGGCGUGGCGGCGACGUGCUGAGCCUUUGUUCUGGGUUUAUCUCUUCGUUACCUUCGUUUUUGGAGUGACUCAUGCGCUGCUGCUUUUCCUUCGAGCUUCGCAGUGGAAGCGCCCGAGGCCACCGGUACUACGAGUUCAACUUGUCAGAGAAGGCGAGAGCGGCUGA